UCUGCUCAUUUUCUAAUAUCGGUAUGUCGGUAUGUCGACUAUCCUUGUGCCGAGCAGAAUUUUCAGAAAGUGACUGAAAAUGACUACUGUAAAGACUACCGUCGAAUGUAUAGUGUUUCCUGAAGCAGAACCUGAAGUUUCAGGUUCAGACAGUUCAGGGACAGACAGUGGGGAUUAUUCUGUACUGUCUGAAGAGGGGCCUGUUUUUCCUGGCCCUCUUAUGAGCAAUGAGAUGCCGAAGGAGGACCUGAUAGGGUUUAUCCAGGCCCAAGCACACUACUGUUAUGAAAAAAUUGAUGAACGCGACCAAGUGGAGGCCUAUUUCUUCUGGCAGAUAAUGGAAUUGUUCUGCUGUGAAAACGGAAACGUGAUGAUGUGUGAAGUCGCUACAAUCAUCUUCCAGGUCUACAGCUGGCUUAGGAAGAAACGACCAAAAUGCAAAGGUGGUAACAGAUGGAAGGAAUGGUGUCUUCCUCUGGCAGAACUUUUGUCCUCCUCUGCACCAGAUGAUGAGCACAGAGAGGCUCUGAUUAAGAUGGGAGAUGAUCUUGCCUCCAGAAGAUGGACCUACGCAGCACAUCUCUGCUACGUUGUGGCAAAAGUGGAGCUGGGGUCACGUAGUCAGUUUGAACUGAUCGGAUGUGACAGCAGCAUGCCAUUUGGCCUGAAAGUCCUGUUUAAAGCCACUGUGAGAACCGAGACAUAUGAAUACGUGCUGUCGCUGACCUCAGGGCUGGCCCAGCCAAGCUUCCAGAGCUGGAAGUUGUGUCAGGCCAGCAGGCUGGCCAUUGAUGAUUUUACUGAUCAAGCCUUUAAAUACUGUGAGACCAUCGCUAGGGCAACCUUCACUUUCCCCGACAGAAUCAAAAGGAGCUUUGUUGAACGGCUUAUUUUGCUGUCUUGCAAACUAGAUGAGAAGACAGAAGAACCUGAGUGGCUGGUAGAGCUCCGGCAGCUGCACAGAACUAAAUUAGAAAAUGCUUAUGGUGACCCAGAGCAGCACAUGGCAUCUACCAGCCAUGACGUGGUUUCUGAGAUUCAGGACUCAGAAUGUUCCCUGAGGACAGGCGAGAUCCCCGCUUUCCAGUCCCCUGAUCUGGAGCAGCACACUGACCAAGAGGCUCUGUUUCAAUCGCGGUACACCUUGGGAAAGCUGCUGGGGCAGGGAGGCUUCGGCUUUGUCUAUGAAGGAGUCCGGACUGAAGAUGGGAAAGAGGUUGCCAUUAAAUUUAUUCAGAAGGACAAGAACGAAACCAUAGCCAUUCCUGGAGAGACACAGGAGCUGCCUGUAGAGGUGGCGCUAAUGAAGAUGGUGUCCAGGCCACCUCGCUGUAGCAAUGUGGUGGAGCUUUUGGAGUGGUUUGACCUAGCCAAUGAGUGCAUCAUGGUCCUGGAAUGGCCCAGCCCCUGUAUGGACCUCUUUAAUUUCACUAAACUUCAGGACGGCCGCCUGUCUGAAGCACAGGCUCGAGAUGUCAUUCUGCAGGUGAUUCGUGCGGCUCGUCACUGCUGUGACCGUGGAGUGUUACACCGUGACAUCAAGGAACAGAAUCUUCUCAUCAACACCGAUACCUUGGAAGUCAAACUGAUCGAUUUUGGCUGUGGAGAUCUGCUGAAGGACACCCCCUACGGAGAAUAUGCAGGCACUCUGUUCCUUGUACCUCCUGAGUGGGUGAUGGAUGCAGAGUACAUGGGCAUUCCUGCUACUAUCUGGGGUCUGGGCAUAUUCUUGUUCAUCUUGCUCUGUGGAGACUGCCCCUUUGACUUAGAUGAGGACAUUUUUGAUGCACAGCUGGAAUUAUGUCCUGACAUGUCUCCAGAGUGCUUUGAUCUGAUAAUGUGGUGCCUGGAGUUCAACCCUGAAAUGCGGCCGUCUUUCGACGACUUGGUCAGGCACGAGUGGUUUACGGAGGCAGUUCAGGACAAAAUCCAGAUUCCUCCUGAAACCAAAGAUCGUGUACAGUAACUGCUGCCUGACACACACACACACAUGCACCCACAAUUAUAUAUGUAAAAAAAUUAUUCAGUAUUUAAACCUUAAGAAAUGGUUAUAACUGAUAGUUCAUAUUAACAAAUUAUUUAUUAGCGACGUCUGCUGCAAAUCUCAACAGCAUAUACAAAGCUUUUCCAUAUACAAAUAUAGAAAAAAUUUAUACAACAAAUAUGCAGAAUAAACAAAAAAUAUACACAACAAAUAUAUAGAAUAGACAAACUAUAUAUGCAACAAAUAUACGGAAUAGACAAAAAAUAUAUACAACAAAUAUACAUAAUUGACAAAAAAUAUAUACAACAAAUAUACAGAAUAGACACAAACCAUAUACAACAAAUAUACAGCGUAUACAAAUACACAGCACUGGUUAAGCUUCACACAACAGAUACCACUCGUAUCGUUUUAAGGGCAGCAUAACACACUCGGAGGAAAGUGCUAGUGUCAUCAUAGCGAUUAGAAUAAUAAUAAUAAUAAACUUUAUUUUAUAAAGGGCAUUUAAAAGCUGCUUCUCAAAGUGCUGUACACAAAAUAAGCAGUACACAGAAAAAUAAAACUUAUAAACGUUAAUAAGAAUAACAACUUUAAUAAUAAUAAAAGUAGCCAUCGGCAGUCAAAUACAAGUUUUAAAAAGUGUGUCUUAAGUUGAGCUUUAAAAAUGCCAAAGGUCUGAGCUUCCCUGAAUUCAGGAAGAAGAGAGUUCCAAAGUGAAGGAGCAUAGACAGAAAAAGCCCUGUCACCCAUAGAUUUUAAGCCUGUUUGUGGAAUAGUUAACAGAUUACACUGUGAGGAGCGCAGUCUACGAUUUGGGGUGUAAGGGAUUAAUAAACCAGAUAAGUAAUGAGGAGCCCAGCCAUGUAAUGCCUUAUAUGUCAACAUCUUACCUGAUCUUAAAAUCGACAUGGAACCUGACCGGGAGCCAGUGCAAGGACUCCAAAAUAGGAGUAAUAUGUUCAUAUUUCCUGGUCCUAGUCAGGAUACUGGCGGCAGAGUUUUGUACAUAUUGUAUUUUGUUGAUUGUGGAUUUAGAAACUCCGGCUAAAACGGCAUUACAGUAAUCCAACCGAGUGACAACAAAAGAGUUUAUCAGCUUUUCAGCCACAUAGAAGUUUAGCAUAGGGCGCAGUCUAGCUAUAUUUCUGAGGUGAAAAAAGGAUGCUUUAACAGUGCUCUGGACAAAAAAAAUCAAAUGUAAGGCUGGUAUUGAAAAUUACUCCAAGGUUCAUCAUUUUGAGUCUCUAGAACAGAGCCAUCAACAAACAGAGACAGUGGACCAGCAUUGAGAAUUUGAUAUUGGGAACCGAUAAGCAUAAUUUCAGUUUUCCCUCUAUUUAGGCACAGAAAGUUAUUAUUCAUCCAUGCUUUUAUCUCAGAAAUACAGUCAGAAAGAAAACAAACAAAGGUUUUCACCAGAUUUUGAGUGAAUGAAGAUUUGGGUAUCGUCAGCAUAAAAGUGAUAAUGGAGGCCGAGCGAUCGCAGCAGAUGCCCAAGGGGAGACAGAUAAAUAUUGAAGAGUAGAGGGCCUAAAACUGAACUUUGAGGAACACCAGUGAGCACAGAGCUAGUGUCAGACUUGUAACCACUCAUAGAAAUAAACAGGGAACAGUCAGUAAAAUAGGAUUUAAACCAGUUUAAAACUGUUCCAGACACACCAAAAACACUUUCAAGGUUAAGUAAAAGACCAUGAUCCACAGCUUCAAAAGCAGCUCUAAGAUCAAGAAGAAUAAGAAUGGAAGUAGCUCCAGAAUCAGAGGCCAUCAACAAGUCAUUGGUAACUUUGACCAACGCCGUUUCAGUACUGUGAAAUUUUACGAAAACCUGACUGAAGGGAUUCAAAGAGGUUAUUAAUUGUCAUAUGAUUACACAAUUGAGAGGCAACAACACGCUCAAGCAUUUUUUGCCAAAACGGAAUGAAACGAGCCAUUUGCUACAUUUUGAUUGUUUACAAUAGCCUGAGAGAAGUAAGAUGAUCUUUCAGUCUCCAUUAAUGCGCUGUAAUCACCCAGAAGAUCCAUCCACGCUUGAUAGUAGAUAUUCAAGCUGGUAAGGCGCCAUUUGCGCUCCAUUUUCCGACAAGCAGCCUUUCUAGAGCGCAAAAUGUCAUUAUACCAGGGAGCAGUGCAGGCGAAUGUGACCUUUGGGGAGCAAAAGAGUCUAGGUUAGUAGCAAGAACAAAAUUUAAGUGCAGAACUUUCUCCUCCAGCGAUGAGGGAUGCAGAUCGUUUAAGGUGGAAACAACAGAAUUGGAGAAAACUGUCUGAUCAAUAGAUUUCCACUUCCGGAAGGUUACUGUUUGGAUAGUAGGCUCACUUGGAUGAUACAGUUCCAGGUUAAAAAAGACAGCUGAAUGGUCUGACAGUCCAACGUCAACAGAUGAAAACUGCGAUACAAACGAGCCGUUUGCAAUCACAAGAUCCAGGGUAUGGCCCUUGUUAUGAGUCGGGUCACUUACAAACUGUGUGAAGGUAAAACAAUCAAGUAAAGACAGAAAUUCCUUAGCCGCCACAGAGUCACUCCGGUCAUUCAAGUCUCCCACAAUUAGAAUUCUGUCAAACUUCAUUCUCAAUGUUGACAGGAAGUCAGCAAACUCUGACAUAGAAGCAGCCUGCAUCUUAGCCUUAGGUGGUUUAUAGACUGUAGCAAUGAUGGUAGAUAUAGGAGCAGAAAUACUCAAGACCAGGCAUUCAAAUGAUGAAAACUGGGGAACGGACACAGAGCUUAUGUUGAACUUCAGGUUGUAAACUACAAUAAUGCCUCUGCCAAAUAGCCUCGGGAGGUCAAAUACUCCAAAGCCCGCUGGAGUGAUCUGGAUAAACAGGAGUCCAUUUUCUUUAUACCAGGUUUCGGUUAAAAACAACAAGUCCAGCUUUUUAUCUAUAAGGAAAUCUGAUAAAAGCAGCGCCUUGUUAUUCACGGGCCGUGUAUUGAAUAAUGCGGCAUAGGCCAGGCGCUCAAGCGGAGACGACAGUGGUUUAAUCUCCACACGGGGAACCUAUAUUAAAUUACUGUGAUCAACACUAGUAUGGAGCAGUUUGUUGGUCUUACGUCGACAGGUAGGGACAAAGAUGUUAGGAGAGGAUGAGACAGCAAAACUGGGCCUCAAACCCCGAUGGAUAUAUGGUUUAGGACAUAGCAAUCCAGCGUCUCAACAGAGUUUGUAAGAGUCUUUGGCUAGACAAUAAGAGCUCUGCUUUAAAUUCAGAAGCUGGCGUGUAGUGUACCUUAAGGCCAUGGUCAUUGAGUGCACACCCACAAGGCCAAGGCGUUGAUACUCCGAAGCGCCCUGCGAGCACAAAGACGUACAAUCCUCACACGCAGUCGGACCGAGGCUUUGAUUCCCCGUUGCACGCUGCAAGUUAUUCCAGGUGGAACACAGAAAUAAAAACAACAAUCCAAAGUACAUAAAAUGACAUCACCACAUCGCAACCGUAGGGGCACUGAAAACAAUAUAACUUAAUUAAAUAAACAAACAAAAACAAACAAAACGGUGACAGGAGUGGCAGCAAAACACGCCAGCGUACCCUGGCAACCGGAACCGGAAGCCAACAAACUGGAAAAAUGUGGAAAAAUCUUCAAGUUGUAAAGUUUGAGUUGGAAUAGUUUACAAGGGUGCGAGUUUAAUCCUUGUGAGGGAAAUUACUCAUGUUUACUUUGUAAUAAGUUUGUUCUUGUUCUGUUUCAUUCUCAUGUGAGGAUAACGCCAAAGAAGGCUAUGUCAUGGAAGGCCAUGUCAAGGUUUGUCUAAACAUCUUCCAAGAUCCUAAAACAAAGCCUGUUUGAACUGCCUGAAACUGCUUCUUAUCGGUACACAGAAUUAUGUCAUGCUCUGCGUUUCAUAUAUAUAGUAGUGGUUUAGUACAAGGGCUUCCGAGCGCUCUCAUUAUUCUAGUACGCUUUAUUCUAUCCUGUAUUAACCAUCUUUCUGUAAUAAACCUUUUUACCUUCAGAG